AUUCUAAUACGCUGGCAUCUUCGAUCAAACGGUGCGUUUGAAGAAUUUCGUUCUUCACACUUUGCAGUUAGUCCUCGGAGGAAAACACUGUACAUCCCAUCGGCGAUCGAAGACUGAACUGGUGCGGCCAAUUCAAUUUCAGAAAGAAGCAAGAUGAUAAAAGCAGUGCUGGUGUUGAACACGGAGGGGAAGCCUCGUCUCGCCAAAUUCUACCAAUUUCAGUCUGUGGAGAAGCAGCAUGAAGCUAUUCGCAAUGUGUUUUCAGUCUUAUGCUGUAGACCUGAACAUGUCAGCAAUUUUGUGGAUGCCGAGUCCUUCUUUGGCCCGGACUCUCGCCUUGUCUACAAGCACUUUGCAACUUUAUAUUUCAUGUUCAUAUUUGAUAGUUCUGAAAACGAGCUUGCUAUGCUUGACUUGAUACAAGUGUUUGUUGAAACAUUGGACAAAUGCUUCAGAAAUGUAUGUGAGCUUGAUAUCGUGUUCAACUAUAGUAAGAUGCAUACCAUACUAGAUGAGAUCAUUCUCGGAGGCCAGGUGUUGGAGACAAGUUCAAACGAGGUUAUGAAGGCUAUUGAAGAAAUAUCAAGGCUUGAAUCAGCAUCCAAUGCAAUCAACCUUGUUCCAAAAUCUGUUUCUGGUUGGAGGUCACGAUAAUAUAAUUUCAAUUGACUUCCGGAAGGAUCUGCAUCUAGACAUACAAGAGGGUCAAAAGUUGAAGGAGUAUCUAUGUUCAGGGAAGUCCAUAGGAUGUAGUUGUCCAAAACCCUAAUGCGAGUGCUCCUAAUUGAAACGACGACUGACACCCUGAAUUACAGUUUUGAGUUAACCAUGGUUGCUACUGGUGAUCUAAUGGUGAGUUUGUAUUUGUGAUCGAUUCUUACCCUUGUUGAUAAAUAAAAAAUGUUGUGUACAAUUUUACUUAGCA